UGAUGUUCAUCAUUCUCGAGUACAAUCGAUUGCUUUAAAGUUUUUUUAAUUUGUGUUUUCUGUUUGUUCGCUUUCGUUGAAAGAAUACCCGAUUAAGAAUGAAUCCAAAUCGGUUAAGAUUAACCACCAAACAAUUAUCAUCAUCGACAACAACAAUAACCUUGGCCAUGACAAUAAUAUUAAUAUUAAUAAUGAAUCAAAUUCAACCAAAUUAUGCUGGACCAUUAGCUGAAAUGCAAGCAUUUCGUUUAGGACAAAGUCUUACACGUCAACCGAUUACUAUUUGGCGUCGUGUAUUCUAUCCGUUUCCGGUAAAUGUUGUUGAAAAGAAAUAUGUUCCGGUAAAGAUACCGAUACCUGUUUAUGUAAAACCACCACCACCAUCACCACCAUCGUAUCAACCAUCAUCAUCAUCAUCAUCGUAUUUAUCAUAUGCGACAUAUCCAUAUAAUCAUUAUAAUAGUAAAACUUAUUCAUCACAAUUAAAUCAACAACAACAACAACAACAAUAUCAAUAUCAACGACAAUAUCCACAUCAAGAUCAACAAUAUCAAUCAUCAAAU